AUGAGUUCUAAAAUAUCAUCAAUAUUACCAGCGCAUCUCAAAUCAUCCAAAGACAACAACAAAACCAUCUCUCCACCCGAUCCUUCUCCUCAAGCAUUUCAUCCAACCGCACCAUCUGCACCAGCAGCAGUAACCUCAGAUAAUCAAGACCGCCUUAGACAACAAGGUCUCAUACCGUCAAAUGCAUCGAGUACAUCAGGAUCGACCGUGUCUGCACCCACCAUCUUAUCUUCCAGACGCUCCUCCCAGUCCAGUCUACCAUUCUAUGAAGGAGGCGUACGAUCAAGGCACACUAAAUUUGUCACUUGGCUAGGAAGAUUUGGAUUUAUUGCGAAAGGAAUAGUAUACGGCAUUAUCGGCGUCCUCACAUGUACAAACGCUACCGGGGCGUGGACACCAAACGGAAGUCAGAACAAUGAGUCUCCACAGGGUGCUUUUCUUUUACUUGGUGGAAUACCAGCCGUUGGUCGUCCUAUCCUGGUGAUUAUGGCUAUUGGCCUAAUAACCUAUAUUAUCUGGAGAUUCUGGGAAGCAAUUACAGGACAAGGACAAGAUAUCAAUAUGGGAAAAAAGGGAAACUUCUUUCGGUAUCGUCUGUCCCCAUUUGUCAGUGGCUGUGUCUAUGCCGCAUAUACCUACUAUGUUAUUCAAAUGAUUUAUCAAACUGCAGAAGAGCAACAAACCACAGCUUCAAGUAAAGAGUUUCCGGCAUCCUGGACUUCAUCCAUGAUCGGAAGAGCCGGUAUUGGUGUGCUCGGUAUCGCAUUUAUUAUUGCAACCAUAACCCAGCUUGUGAAUGCGAUCACAGGAAACUUCAUUACAGAUCUAAAGACAUCCGACCCUAAUGCACGCCGCUGGGAAGCCAUUAUUGUUCACACUGCUGGCCGGAUUGGCUUUGUGGCUCGCGGUGCUGUAUUCUGCACCAUGUCAGGUUUCUUUUGGGAUUCUCUUGCAAAACGUAAUGAGUCUGGACGUCAGAAUAUGACUGCCGCCGCUCUUUCUAAAUUAGCAGAGAACAGAGCAGGCAGAGCAUUUAUGAUCAUACUUGGAACUGGUCUGGUAAUAUACGCCUUGUUUGCCAUAUCGAAUGUACACUAUAAAUACUUUCCUACCCCACCACCAUCGCGUGUUGGCGUUUACUUGGAAGAAGAUCAGAGAAGAGAAAAUCACCAGCGUCACCUGAAUGAGGAAGAAGAGCGAGAACGUGCAGUAAGAGAGGCGCAAGAAAAGAGAGAACGUCAGGAAGAAAAAAGAAGAAAACGCAGAAAGUAUAUGUUUUGGUUACCUAAAGAGAAACCUACUACAGAGCUGGAUCCUGAGCCUGCUGUUAAAAAUACCCCUUGGUGGAAGUUUUGGGAUAGACCACAGCCUACUGAUCUCGAGAAAAGUUAG